AUGUACCACCUCAACCACGAUACGUUCCGUGUUUCCUGCGAAAUUGGCAAGCUACAUCUCUCCGACAACCCUAUCGUGUCUGUCGAUCCUGAUGUAAUAGCAUCGCUACGGGUCCGAUGGUUAGCUAUAGGAAAUUCUAGUAUCUCAGGUAUUUAUUCCAAAGCCUUCACGGGGUUAGAAUCUCUCAAGCAUCUAGACUUAAGUGACAACUCUAUUACAAAACUCGAUCCGGAUUUAAUGAAGGGCUUAUGGAAAUUAGAAACCGUGGAUCUAUCUGGCAAUAGUUUGGUAUAUCUUGACAGUGAUGUGUUUUCCAAUAACCCAUAUUUAUCUCGUCUCAUCUUGUCACGAAAUCAAUUAACAUUUUUUAAUCAAAGUACAUUUGACCCUAUAAGAUCUUCCCUUGUGUAUAUUGACAUAUCGCAGAACCAAAUCGCAUGUGAUUGUGAUUUAAGUUGGCUUGUCCAUUGGGUCACUAGUACGCAUAUACUUAUACUUCUUGAAGAAGAAGAGACAUUGUGUGGUAUAGCAUCGGUAGAACAAUUAAGAGAUAAGCCUUUCCUUGACUUCAAGCCCACUGAGCUGUGUGGUUUCAAUGUCUACAUCGUCUGUUUGCCUUCAAUUGCUGGCAUUUCCUUGAUAGCAACCAUUAUGCUAUUUUACCAUUUUCGAUGGCAAUUACGACGCUGGCUCUUUCUUCUAAAACUGGCCGCAUUAGGUUACAUGGAGGUGCGAGACCCUCGGGUCCACGGCGAUUACGAAUACGACUUGAAUGUCAUUUUCCACGAAGAUGACGAAGAAUGGGUCCAGGAACAUCUUCGAGUAGCCAUAGAGGAACGGCUUCCGCAGUUCCAGAGGAAGGUGUACGGAGAUGCCGAUCUUGUCCCAGGUAUGCAUUUUUUAGAGGCGGUCGACUAUGCGGUUACCCGGAGUUACAAGACGGUCGUAGUGCUCAGUAGGGAAGCUAUCAAGGAUCGUUGGUUCAUGCUCAAGUUCAGAACGGCUAUUGACCACGUGACGGAUACCCAGACUGAGUUUGUCCUUUUGUUAUUCCUGGAAGACAUCCCUGGCGAAGAACUACCUUUCUUAGUUAGGUUGUGCCUUAGUGAUGGCAGGCCGUACGUACAUUGGCCUGAAGACAUUAGAGGACGGGAAUAUUUUUGUGAUGAAUUGAUCGCAAAAUUGACCAUUAAUCUGAAGACGAAUGAUUUGAUUCCCAAUGAAUGA